UCCAGCCCCCGCUGCUGUUCCACCUCGCUCGCUUAGCAGGUCAAUGAAUUGCCAGAGGCUUGAGGCUGAGGAGCUGGAGAAGCCCGGCUCUGGAGCCAUCCUCGAAUCCCUGCCUAGCAAACAUGCGCCUCUGCACUUUCUCUGAUUCCCCAGCCAGGAACGUAGCUGCUUGAGAAGUUGGAAAAACCAGGAGGACUAACAGGGGCGUGUAAAGCAAUCCGGAGCCACAAAAGGAGGAUGGAAAUCCUGUAUGAAUGUGAAAACCAUUAGCAAAGUAAUUGCUGUCUAUUACCAUGACAACCAGCCGCUGCAGUCACCUGCCUGAAGUCUUACCAGACUGCACCAGCUCAGCUGCUCCCCUAGUAAAGACGGUGGAGGAUUGUAGCAGUCUUGUGAAUGGACAGCCGCAGUAUGUCAUGCAAGUUUCAGCCAAGGACGGGCAGCUUCUGUCAACAGUAGUAAGGACUCUUGCCACACAGAGCCCUUUCAAUGACAGGCCAAUGUGCAGGAUCUGCCACGAAGGCAGCAGUCAGGAAGACCUGCUCUCUCCAUGUGAAUGUACAGGAACCCUGGGGACUAUUCAUCGCAGCUGCCUGGAGCAUUGGCUGUCCUCUUCGAAUACCAGUUACUGUGAACUCUGCCACUUCAGGUUUGCAGUAGAGCGCAAACCCAGGCCGUUAGUAGAGUGGCUAAGAAACCCAGGCCCGCAGCAUGAGAAACGGACUCUGUUUGGAGACAUGGUGUGCUUCUUGUUUAUAACUCCACUGGCGACCAUCUCUGGCUGGUUGUGUCUGCGGGGAGCGGUGGACCAUCUGCACUUUAGUAGUAGGCUAGAAGCUGUUGGCCUCAUUGCACUCACUGUCGCACUCUUCACUAUUUACCUCUUUUGGACACUAGUGUCAUUUAGGUACCACUGUAGAUUAUACAACGAAUGGCGUCGGACCAAUCAGAGGGUGAUACUCCUAAUUCCAAAAUCUGUCAGUGUUCCUUCUAACCAGCAGUCAUUGCUGGGCCUUCAUUCAGUCAAAAGGAACUCAAAGGAGACAAUCGUUUGAUUUUGGCAGUUCUGUACUGGAGUCAUGCACUAAAUAUACUUUCUUAAACCCAUGGGCUCUGAUUCCAUCCAGAACCUGGUACAGUGCUAUUCCGGUUUACAAACUCUUUACAGAGGAAGAAAUCACUGUUUUAAUUAAAAUCAUGGAUGCUGCAAUCAUAUGAUAUUUGCUAAGCUGCCAAACAUGUUUAUUUAGCAGAUACUGUAUGGAAUUCUACAAACUCAUGUUAAUACCUGCCUUGUCAGUGAUGCAAAUCCUUUUUUUAUUAUUGUUUAAAAAUAUUAAAACUAUGGUAAUUAACAAUGCAAAAAAUUUUUUAGGAGUGCUUUCUUUAUUUCUACAGUUAUUAUUUCUGUGGAUAUCUGAAUAGGAACCAGUGCUGAAUAUUUUAUUUUACUGACUCAAAGAAGAUGACAUUACAAGAAGGAAAUUGUGCUACUUUAGUUUUAUUUGAAGGGCAUCUUAUACUAACCUUGGAUUAUUAAAAAUGUUUUUAAAGUGAGUUCUACAAAUGGGCAUUCUAUUUAACAUAAAACCCCCUUAAAAAGCAUUCUCUUCCAUUUGUUGUUUGGUAGUGAAAACCUGAUAAAAAUGCAAAAUGUGUGAAAAACAAGUAUCUCACAGAUUGCAAUAAUCUUCGAGUCAAAAAUAUUUCAUAAAGCAGUUCCCAAAAAAGAACUGUUACAGGGUUAUUUCCUUUUCAUUUGGAAGGAGCAAAUUAGCCCCAAAUUUUGCACUAAAGUUACACUGGUGUAACUAAAGAGUUAGUUACUCUUUAUUUACCCCCAGCUAAAUUUGGCCCGAUUAAUUAAUUUUGUAAGGGGGACUUUGCAUACAUAAUGAUCUACUAAUUCAUUAGACAUUUCCUAGGAAGCCUGAACAUGUCUUGCAUAACAAUUAGCCUUACUCUAGAAAUGCUGAAUUUUCAGCUUGACAGGUAAAUUUAGAGUAUAUAAAUUCUCUCAUUGUAGCAUUGAGACUAAGGCUCUUUAUAAAAUGUAAAACACUACAUACUAUUAUGACCACACUGAAUUUUGAUUCUGAAUAUUAUUUUCUGCUUUUAACCAUCCCCUUUAUUUUUAUAUUUUUAAAUCAUCAAUUCAUUCACUGACUCUUAGAUUUUGGCUCUCACAUUAUGCAAUAUAAGGGAUUUUAUGUGGGAAGACUCAUUUGGUACUGAAUGCUUCUACAGCUAAAAACCUAUUAAAUGCUGCUGGCAAGUUAGAGAUAAGUAACUUAUUUGCCAUUUUAAAAUAAGGAUUUCUUUGUUUCCCACCCUGCAGAGGAAUUGAAAAAUGGUAGAGUGUGUGUAGUGAGGAGGUAAUGUUUUACAUUUCUGAUGGAUCAAGCUGAUGCAGGUGUUCUGUCAGCCAAGAUAGAGCUAUUUAAAUACAAAGCUCUAGCAAAAAACAAACCCAUCAGCCAUGCUUUAUGCUGUCUCAGCUCACAUGUAUUUGGAGUUGUAAUAAUAGAUUUUCCUUUUGACACUAAUUCCAGUGAUACAAGUAUCUAAUAUUCCGUUUAGUCAUCAGCCCUCUAGGGGUAUUAGAACUACAAACAGCCAUCAUUGCCUAACUUUUCUAUAAUCAAAUACCAACUUUGUCCAUCAGUCACACUUUACCCUUCACAGAGAAACAUGAUAAACUCUCACUUGACAAUCAUUUUUGCUCUGCAGUCUACCUUUAAUACUUUAGCACAAAAGAGUCAGCACAAUUAAGGAUAUAGCUGGGAUACAGUAUUCCCACAAUGGCACCAAGAAGGUAGGUUCCUAUCAUGCAGAUAUAUUAUUCUGUUUUGUGCCUAACAUGCAAGAGUGGAACAGAUCUUUGGAGGAGGAGGCGGCUUUAUAUCCCACACUCCAUAUUCAUGAAUCAGUGCUACUGAUGUCUUUUUGCUCUACACGCGCCAAAGCAGUAUUAUGGUGCCUUGUUCUCUUCCAGACAGCAAGAUAGUAGGGUGAGUGCUACUAACAUCACAUUCCCACCUUCCUCUCUGGACCUGGUAGUCAGAAGGAUCCUAUUGACCAGCUUUGGUUCCUCUUUCUCUAGGAGUGAGUGAUCUUUUCAUACUGAAUCGCUGUUUGGAUCGAUGUAAAUUCAAAAUUGGUGUCUAUUAAAACAAAAGUUAUUGAACAACAGCAACAAACUCAAUUUUUAGCUUCUGAAGGGACUUUAAGGGUAGUAAACAUCUAUGGCACUAGCUACACUUAACAGAGCUAAUGACAACAUGACAAAGGCUCCAUUGUG